AUGCGGCAUAAGGUGAUGGGAGGUAUCAAAGCAGCAGAGGAUGAACUACCGUGGGCUGUGCUUCUCGAUUUUCUGAAGACAAAAAAACUGUGCGGUGGAACGUUAAUAUCAAAGAAACACGUUAUUACAGCUGCUCACUGCUUCACACGACCCACUGAUGUAAAUGGAAAUCAUUGCAGAAAAGUUCCUCUAGAAGAGCUGAAAGAUGACCUCAGAGUAUAUGUUGGUAGGACAUGUUUGAAAGUUAAUACAAAGCAUAACUGCACCAAGCAUGAUCUCGGAAUGCGAAUGUUUCUUAAACGAGCUUUUUACGACAUCUUCUUCAACACUGGCUGCAGGGGCACACAUGAUAUAGCCAUUCUCGAACUCACAGAAGAUGUGCCUAAAAACAUCCAUCACAUUUGUCUCCCUCAUUUACAUGAUGCAGAUGAACUAAGUGAUCCUCUGUUGAGGCUAAGCUCAUUCGGAUGGGGAGCGGAUCCGGCAAAUAAUUUCAUUGAUGUAGCCACUCCUUUUCUGCAGAAAAUAAACCUGGGUUCGAAAAUGACGGAUAAAGAGUGCAAGAAGGAAGUUCCUUCAAAACAGAGCGACACGUUCUGCACGCGCGAACUACCAGAUAGGAAUGUUUGUCAUGGUGACAGCGGUGGUGGAAUCGUUGCAUCGCUAAAUGGUAGGGCAUUCCUGAUGGGUUUAGUUUCUUACGGAUCAUCGUGCACUGAUCUGCUCAAUGGGAUGCCUCCAGGCUCGCAAGUAAACACUGAUGUUAUGCAUUAUACAGAUCUAAUUGAUACCUGGAUUGGAGCAAGAAAGCAUUCAAAGAAUACCGCAGUAGAUCGACAUAGGCGAUGUGCACCACAGACACUAGUGUGUUUAUGA